GUUUGUAGGACUGGGAACAGCGAGAAAACUUUUUUCUUAUUUGCAUUUUGGACAUGAAACUGUGAAACAAAAGUGUAGAAGCUGUCUGCUGGCCUACUGGGUGAGGAAGUUGAGGUGGAAGAAGGAGCAAGUAGAACAGGAAGGAGGCCUCUGAAGAUCUGCUGGUAUGUAUUUUAUUCCACCAAGUCUAGCCACUGAAAAGAGUUUAAAUUAUGAAGAGAAAAGGAGUAGAAAACUGAAGUUGUGAGUGUCUGCAGUGAUGACAGUUACGAAGGAGGAGAAGCUUGAGGAAGGCCAAAGAGCAUCUGGAGCAAUGAGACCACCGGAAGGCGGCUGGGGUUGGAUGAUCGUCGCUGGUUGUUUCCUUGCUACCAUCUGCAUCCGAGCAGUGACCAGAUGUGUCUCCAUGUUCUUCAUGGAGUUCCAGCUUCACUUUGAGAAGGAUUACUCCACCACUGCUUGGAUACAUAGUCUGAUUGACUCCACCACUAUGCUAUGUGCUCCUCUUGGCAGUUUCAUUGGCAACCGUCUAUCCUGCAGAGCAACAGUUAUUAUGGGAGGCCUGCUGUCCUCUGCCGGCCUGGUCCUCAGCUCCUUUGCCUCCAGCCUGGAGUUCCUCUACAUUUCUCUGGGUAUCAUUACAGGUCUUGGUUUUGCUCUCAGCUACACACCAUCCAUAGCAAUGGUUGGGAGGUACUUCGUAGAGAGGAAAGCGUUGGCUUAUGGCAUUGCCCUGUCAGGCAGUGGCAUUGGGACCUUCCUUCUGGCUCCUGCAGUUCAGGUGCUUAUAGAGUAUUACUCCUGGAGAGGGGCUCUGCUCAUUCUUGGGGGAUUUGUUUCCAACUUGUGUGUUUGUGGUGCUCUGAUGAAGCCAUUGGAACCAAAUGAAGAUGAAAGGACAUUGGAGAAAACCUCAAACCUGGAGGCCACCUUUAUGACAGCUCUGGAAUCUAAAAUCACAGAACAAGUAACUUCUGACUGCAGCCAAAAGGAACCAAAGCAGCAGAAAACACACAGUUUCAAAGACACACAGGGCCUUUUCAUUGCCAACGGAGUACUUCAAAAUUUUGGGCUUGAUAGCAAUGGACUUCAUGGGAAAAAAGCAAUGCUACCAAACCCCAGUCUGCCUGAUCAAAGGUUAACAGACCUGAGGAUGGCUGAAUGUAUUUUAUUUAGCAAAAAUCUGCCUGAGAUGAUGCUAGGUGAGAUCGAAGUGUCAGAUCUUAUGCUUUCCGAUGGCAGCACAAAUGAGGACUUAAAACUGGUGGAAAGCAUAAAUUUGACCAACAUGUUAGCGGAUAUGAACGAACAAAGAGAAAAUUCAGAAUUUAGUAAAGUCAGACUGACAGAUGAUCUGGACAAAUCUGUUCCUGCUGAACCUUUGGUAAACACACUGAUGCCUUCCAGAGGUCAAGCUUUUUGUCUCGAGUCCAGCGAGGAGUUCGGCUUCCUUCUGAUACCCAACUUUCUUAUCCUGUCAGUGUCCUUCCUGUUUCUGGCAUAUGGCUGCAGCGCUCCAGUGGUUUACCUGGUUCCCUAUGCCCUCAGUGUGGGGGAGAACCAUCAGCACGCUGCUUUCCUUAUGUCCAUAUUUGGUGUCAGCGGCAUUGUUGGUAAUAUCACCUUUGGAUGGAUAACAGACAGGAGGUGCCUAAAGAGUUAUCGGAUGCUGAGCUACAUGAUGGCAAUAGGCAUGGAGGGCAUCUGCUGCAUGUGCAUGCCCUUCCUCCACUCCUUCUCCCUACUAGUCCCAUUUUCUGCUGUCUAUGGAUAUUUUGAUGGGGCAUAUGUGGCUCUUAUACCAGUAGUAACCUCUGACAUUGUAGGCUCCACCUAUCUCACCUCUGCUCUGGGUUUAGUCUACUUCCUGCAUGCUAUCCCAUACCUGGUUAGCCCACCAAUUGGAGGCUGGUUAGUAGAUCAAACUGGAAACUAUGCAGCAACCUUCUUCCUUAGCGGAGUUUCCUUCUUCCUCAGCGCUUUGAUCCUGGCAGCUGCCAAAUUACUCAGUCAUGUGAUGACAAGAUGUAAAGAGACUGAGGGUCAAGAACAGUGUCCACUAAAAAGAAAUCAGUCUGAACUUGUGCCUUUUCUUCAAAAAGAAAAGUUGUGAUACACACCUAAUUUACAGUAUAUUGGUAUGUUUGUGUCAAGGUUUAUAGUUUCUGCUAUGUUAUGUUUAAAAUCCUCUUGUGUUGACAUUUUUUUGUAUGUUGCCAUUCUGUGGUUUAAGAAAUGAGUAUUUGCUUUAUCUUCACUAUUUGUGAAAGUCUUUUUGUUUAAUUUUGAAUUUAAGUUAUGUAUUUUGAUUCUGUUUUCUCCGUUAUUGCCUGUCAUUUGCUUAAUUUGUCAUUUCUCCAGAUUGCUGUGUCAUCACCAGUUUUGUGUUCUUCAUUCAGCUUACCUGCCUUCACCAAACCAAUCACACCUCCCUGUAUAUUUUCUCCUUGGCUUUUAUAUUUGCUCUUCCAGCCUUGUAGCCCAUUUUUGUUUUAUUUUUAAGUGAGUAAUUCAUCCUGGAGAAAGAAGAAGAGACCUACUUUAUCAUUGGCUACAGUUUUUUGUUUUUUAAUCAUUUGGACAUUUCAUCCACAUGAAACCAGCGUUGUGGGAGCCCAAAACUCGUUCCCAUUGUUAAUGUUUCAUACAUAUCUUUCUUGAACUGAUGACACCAUAGCCUAAUUUCUCUAGUAGCCUGCAUGUGCGAACCCCAAACCAGCUACAACAAUAGCAGAUUACAGAGCAUGAAAUGGCUUUUAUAGCAAAAUUAGUCUCCUUUUUAGCAUCAUUCUCCAUAAUCUUCUUCAUAUGUUUGUUUAUAUUGCACAUAUAAUAAUAAUAUUGCACAUAUUGCGAAUUUAUGUUCAUGCCCCAACCCUGGUACAGUCCUGUGCAUUACUUUGUUUUUGCCAGUCUGCUUCCCAUACUUGAAUCUGCAACAGGUUUGUCACCAUAUUGCAAAAUGAUAGUUUAAUUUUUUAGAGCUUUUUUUUUAUUGAAUGUUGGAUUUUAUUAUUUUUUUCUCACUGAAAACAAAGACAGUCUGUGGCUUUAGUAAACUCUUGUUUUUUUUUAAACAGAUUAAAAACUCACAUAAUUUUAAACAAAUCUGUGUUCUAUAGUUUGUUUUUUGUUUUUAUUUUUUGUCAAAAUGUUCAAAAUUUUGCCUUACAAUCACCUGUUGAAGCCAUUUUUGUCUUUACCUCUUUAACCACCUAGUGCUUUCUUGAUUUGGAUAUUUUAGAGCCAUUCCUUAUGGAAGAUAAGGUUGGUCAGACAAAAUUGUUGCUCAUUUGACAGGUAUUUCAUUACUGGUUGAUCAAUGGUCUUUGGACAACUGACAGGGUUUUAGAUUCAAUUAGUGAAUGUGAAUGCAGUAACAUGCAUGCUGAUACUGUCAUUGUAUUGUCCUGUGGGUUUAAUCACCAAUAACUAUGUGUUUUUUUUGGUUGCUGAUGUUUUUGCUAUGAUUAUGAUUUGUGGUUUUUUCA